AUGAAGAUACGGUAUCUUUUGCUGUUUCCCAUCCUGGGAUUCAGCUUCGCUGUGCCAAUUGAAAGAAACACCACCAAAAAAAGAGGAGGAGCGUCCUGCUGAAUCCGCAGACACUGGCCUGUACUAUGAUCGUUAUCUGAAAGAGGUAAUUGAUGUGCUGGAGACAGACAACCAUUUCCGUGAAAAGCUUCAAACCGCCAACGCAGAAGACAUUAAGAGUGGGAAACUCAGCAAGGAGCUGGACUUUGUAAGUCAUCAUGUGAGGACCAGACUGGAUGAGCUCAAACGACAGGAAGUCUCAAGGCUACGCAUGCUAAUCAAAGCCAAGAUGGAUUCUACCAUGGAGGAAAAUGUUCAGAUUGAUCACCUUGCUUUAUUGAAGCAGUUUGAGCAUUUGGACCCCCAGAACCAGCACACAUUUGAGGCUCGAGAUUUGGAAUUACUGAUCCAGGCUGCCACAAAGGAUCUUGAAAACUAUGAUGCUGCUCGACAUGAAGAGUUUAAACGCUAUGAAAUGAAGGAAGGAACACGAGAGGAGGGAAUAUCUCAAGUCACUAGAUGAAGACAAAAGAAAAAUGGAAGAGGCUCACUUUGAAGAGAUGAAGAAAAAGCAUAGGGAACAUCCCAAAGUGAACGUACCUGGGAGCAAGGAUCAACUGAAAGAGGUCUGGGAGGAGACCGAUGGCCUGGAUCCUAAUGAUUUCAACCCCAAAACUUUCUUCAAAUUACAUGAUGCUAAUGAAGAUGGCGUUCUGGAUGAACAAGAACUAGAGGCCCUCUUUACAAAGGAGCUGGAGAAGGUCUAUGAUCCAAAGAAUGAAGAGGAUGACAUGGUGGAGAUGGAAGAGGAGAGGCUACGCAUGCGAGAGCAUGUCAUGAAAAAUGUGGAUACAAAUCAAGAUCGCCUAGUAACACUGGAAGAGUUCCUGAAAUCCACAGAGAGUAAAGACUUCAAUAACCCCCCUGAUGGCUGGCAGACUGUGGAAGAAACCCAGAUUUACACUGAACAGGAAUUGCGGCGAUUUGAGCAGGAGCUGGUUGCUCAGGAAGCCGCUUUAAACCAGAAAGCAGAAGAAUUACGCAAAGAACAUGAGGUUCUUCAGCAGAGGAAGAUAGAGCUGGAUGCACAGAAGAAGGAAUUUCAGCAGGCGGUCAUUCAGAUGGAACAGCAGAAGUCUCAACAAGCUGCAGCACAAGCUGUUGGCCCCAAUGGAGAGCUCAAGUUUCAGGCACAAGUACAAGAAGUAGCAGCAGCUGAAAAAGCCAACCCAGAAGCACAGCAAGGCUCAGAAAUUCACCCAGCACCACCAGGAGAAGCACCACAUCCAGGCGACAAAGCGGUUGAGACUCCGCAGGAGACGCAUGUACAAAACCAGCAAUAA